AUGGGCGCGAAUUCUAUACCGAUUGACGCAACCAUUGAUCUCGAUGAGCAGAUCUCGCAGCUCAUGCAGUGCAAGCCCCUCUCGGAGCAACAGGUUAGAACAUUAUGCGAGAAAGCCAAGGAGAUCUUAAUGGAUGAAAGCAACGUUCAGCCUGUGAAAAGCCCUGUGACAAUCUGCGGUGAUAUUCAUGGACAGUUCCAUGAUCUUGCGGAGCUUUUCCGCAUUGGAGGAAUGUGUCCUGACACCAAUUACCUGUUUAUGGGAGAUUAUGUUGACCGUGGUUAUUACUCUGUUGAAACUGUUACGCUGUUAGUCGCCUUAAAGAUGCGAUAUCCUCAGCGAAUCACCAUUCUUAGAGGAAACCAUGAGAGUCGUCAGAUCACUCAGGUCUAUGGAUUUUAUGAUGAAUGUCUGCGAAAGUAUGGAAACGCAAAUGUUUGGAAAAUCUUCACAGACCUCUUCGACUAUUUCCCAUUGACAGCCUUGGUUGAGUCGGAAAUAUUUUGCCUUCAUGGUGGACUGUCUCCAUCAAUCGAGACCCUUGACAACAUAAGGAAUUUUGAUCGAGUUCAAGAAGUGCCCCAUGAGGGGCCGAUGUGUGAUUUAUUGUGGUCUGACCCUGAUGACCGUUGUGGUUGGGGCAUCUCUCCUCGUGGUGCCGGAUAUACAUUUGGUCAGGAUAUAUCCGAACAGUUCAACCACACAAACAACUUGAAGCUGAUUGCCAGAGCCCAUCAGCUGGUUAUGGAUGGAUACAACUGGGCUCAUGAGCAAAAAGUGGUAACUAUCUUCAGUGCACCAAACUAUUGCUACCGUUGUGGGAACAUGGCUUCGAUUCUUGAGGUUGAUGACUGCAGGAACCACACCUUCAUUCAGUUUGAUCCAGCACCGAGGAGAGGAGAACCAGACGUGACUCGAAGAACUCCAGACUAUUUCCUGUGA